UGCAUUCUGCCACGAAAAACUGUCCCAAGAAAGCUUCAGGGUUGAAGAGCAGUGGUUCAGCGUUAUGGAUCUUCCGUGCAUGCGGUGGCAAAAUCACGUUGCACAGAAAUGGGAAGAACUCGAUCCUGAGCUAAAGAAGAAAUUCACCUCACUGCUUGAAAUUGAUGACGUUUUUAAAUGUGCUUUAAGUCUGACAAACCCACAUGAUGUGGAAUGGUUGCAGUCAGCGUCUGCAGGACAUUCAGUGAAGAAGGGCAGAGAGGAAGCAGCCAGCUGCAGGGAGAAGGGCAACUCCAGCUUCAAGGCCACAGACUACAAAGCAGCAGCUCUGCACUAUUCACAGGGGAUAUGUUUUGCCCCGGACACUUCAGAUCAGCUGUCUCUGUGCUAUUCCAACCGCUCUGCUGCUCUCUUCCAUCUGCAGCUGUUCCAGGAGUGCCUUGAUGACAUCGAUAAAGCCUUAAAGAGUGGCUAUCCAUCUCAUCUUUCACAAAAACUACAGGAUCGUCGCACUCUGUGUCUGAGUUAUCUUGCUGGACGUGAAAAGACAGGAAAAGCUGAUCAGCGUUGUUCCUCGAAGAGUAGUAGAAGUUCUCAUGUUGUUGGAGCUCUCAGAUGUGGUAUUUGUCCCGGAGUUUCUGUCGUCUACAGUUUGGACAAAGGGCGACACCUGGUAGCUCAAAAGAGGAUAGCAGCUGGGGAGGCGAUUCUUACCGAAAGGCCGUACAGCUGCGUCCUAAUACCAGGAAUGGAGGAGGUUCAAGGGAAAAGAGGAGGAGAAAUGAUGUUUGGAACAGAGCACAGGUGCUGUCACCGGUGUUUAGCUGAAACUCUGUGCCCCGUGCCAUGCGAGGGGUGCAGCUACAGCCGAUACUGUUCAGCUGCCUGUCAGCGAGCAGCCUGGGGAGAGCAUCACCGCUGGGAGUGUCCACUUGGAGCAGAUCUGAUGGUGAUGGGUGUGAUGGCCCAGCUCGCCCUGAGGGUGACACUAAAGGCUGGGUUAGAAAACAUCCAAACAGCACGUCAGCCAAUCAGGGACGAGCACAAGAAGUUGGAGCCGUGCAGGGAUUCAGCUCCACGUUGCUCAUAUCAAAUCGAUCCUUCCAAAGGUGACCCUUACCUCUCCGUGUUUCACUUGCUGCACCACACAAACAACCAAAGCGCUGCUCUGCGCUUCCUGUGUGCUGUUACCAUAGCAACACUCUACCUGAGGCUCAGCAAGGGGGUUUCUCUUCCUGGAUCCUCAUUACCUGACAGACCAAACGUGGAGGGAGGCGAUGCAGAGUGGAGCUCAGAGCUCUGGGUGGUGGGAAGCGCAAGUCUGAGGCACAUGCUGCAGCUGAGAUGCAACGCUCAGGCUAUCAUCACGCUGCAAGAUACAGGAGCAGAAAACGCCAGAGUGCAGUCCCAGCAGGAGGUCCGUCUUGCCACAGCAAUGUUUCCAGCUCUAAGCCUUCUCAAUCACUCCUGCUGUCCUAAUACCAGCCUGGUGUUCAGCACCGGAACUGCUGCUGAUACCUGUGGUUCACAUAAAUCUGCAGACAUCAGUGAUGGUCUUUGUGAGGAUAAACACGAGGCUUGUGAAGUCACCGUGACGGUCAGAGCAGCGAGAGCUAUUAAUCCUGGGCAGGAGAUCCUACACUGCUAUGGUCCUCACAGCAGUAGGAUGGUGACCAGCGAGCGCCAGCGCCUUCUGCAGGAACAGUACUACUUCCUGUGUCAGUGUGAGGCCUGCAGCGUGCAGGAGGGCCGGCAGCAGCAGGACGGUGCCAGAGGCAGCAGGAAUGAGUCUGGAUUGUUGUGUUUAAAGUGCAAAGAAGCUCUCAAGAAAAUCUGUGAAGGUGAUUUUAGAUGUAUGCUGCCAACCUGUGGUCAUCGCAUGUCUUCAGCAGAAGUGAGCCACAAGCUGCAGGAGGUCAGGGCUGCUCUGAAGAGGGCGGUAGAGCUCAUGGAGACAGAAAUGCCAGACGAGGCUGUACGACUGUUGAAGCAGAUAAAGAGACAGUCUGGACUGAUCCUUGGAGAGACACACCCGCUGCAUGGAGAGCUGGCUGAUGCCACAGCCAGAGCGUUUGCUUCUAUGGGUGACUGGAAAAACGCAGCCGACCAUCUGGAACAAAGUGUCGUAGCUACAGGCUUCCAGUAUGGAGAAGACAGCAUUGAACUGGGACAGCAGCUCUUCAAAUUAGCUCAGCUCCACUUUAAUGCUGGUGCCAGAGGUGCAGCUCUUUCUGUCAUUCCUAAGGCCAGACAAAUCCUCUCCCUUCACUGUGGCCCACACUGCCCUGAACUACAAGAACUGCAGGCCAUGGAGGAAUGUCUGUGA